AUCAUUCAACUUCAAGUGGUACAUCCUCAUUUAAGCCCUGCCGAUCGCUGGUUUCUAUUCCCACUGCCCAUGUGAUGCCGUCUAAUGCCAGCUCUUCACUUUCCAAACACAGGGAAGCUUUCAAGUCUGAUGGCUCAAAAUGGAGUACAAACUUUGUACGGUCAGGAGGAGGCAGAAAUCUGGGUGUCCUGGACAAUUCUCUUGACAUGAAGGAUACAAGACCUGUGAGAAAAUGGUCCUCCUUGUCUAAACUCAGCUCACCAAAUACCUGCAGCCAAGAUGGGAGUAGUCUCGCAGUGGAAUACAGGGCUAAUACGGACAAAGUUGUGUCACCACAAUUAAGGACAAAUGGGCCAAGCUGUUUGCAUGACAGCAUGGAGUUGCUGAAAAUUGAGGACAAAGAAAUGGGGAAAAAACGAUCUUCUCUACUGGACUGCAAAUACAAAUUUGAGACGUGCAGCAAAGACGAUUUUGUUUCGGAUUCCCCGAGUAGGAGGCAUGCCUUAGACUUGACCUACAGUGCCUUACCUGAGAGCAAACCUACGGCAGCGAGUCGUGAGGCUUUGGGACAGAGAUACGCCACGCUGGGACCGCAGGCUGUGAGCGCAGCUCCCAUACAGCCAGCGCUGAGGACUCAGAUGUGGCUUAAGGAGCAGUUGCGAGCAAACCCCCUGGACUGCAGGGCUGCUGAGGAGCCCUACGGUGUGGCUGCAUGGCAUGUGCCGCAGCUCGAAGAUUUUAGGAUAGGAGGUGAACAGCCUGUGCAGGUAAGGCGAACGCUUGGUGUUUGCUGCCAUCAUGUGGCAUCGUGUGUUGUGCGUAAGGAAUAA